AGUACGAACCAGUUUGGUUUGAGAACCAGGUUAGAAAUUUGAGGAAAUUCGGUUGAAAAUUGACAGUGUUUUCCAGUGCGUGUGACUGGCCUGUGCUGCGUCGAGUGGGAACAAAUUUAGUUAGAUCUAUAUCUAAUCGGUAUUCUUUCAAGAUUUCAUGAUUUUGUUUUUGUUUUCUCGAAAUCUAUGAUUAAUGAAGCCAAGCAUGCGCUAGACGCUAACACGUGCACAUGUAAAUCUGUUCCUUCCCCUAAGCAGAUUCAGAAUGUUGCUUAACACAGUGAGACAGCAAUUAUCUAACAGCAAGUCCAGACACCUAUCAUACAGUGUGUUCCACAGCAUCAGGAGACUCCUCUGGAAGGAGGGUCAAGGAAUCCCAGCCAUUCUUCUCACAGGGAAUAAGCAGGGUAUAGGUGUUUUCUGGAAAUCAGAAACUCACUUCUCUAGUGCCCCUGUUAAUUUACACAAAUACAGUGUGAAUACAUCUUUCAAGAAUAAAAAAGAUAAAGGAAAAACUGCUAAAGCUGAAGAGGUUGUGGAAUCGGGCUCUGUAUCGGAGGAGGCGUGGGAGGACACCUUCGGAAAUCUUUCUGAUACUUACACACAGGAACCUGCGUACUCUUACACACAUGAUGAAGAAAGAUAUGGUGUCACAGAGGAGGGCAGUGAUGAUGACAGUGAAGGAGAUGACAGGCCUUUAAGGGUGAUAUAUCGUAAACUUUCCCCAAACUGGUACAAGAAACAAAUGCAGAAAUAUGCCAAAGAAGGCAAGAUUGACAAGGCCAUAGAUGUCCUGAAGGUCAUUAUGUUGAAGAAUGACAGAAUUCGACCAUUGCCCACUCACUACCACACUCUAAUCUGUCUCAUCAGUAAAACCGGGGACACAAAGAAGGCCUUCCACUUCUAUAAAAGGAUGAGAGAUUUUGGAUAUGAACCAGCGCCAAAAGUUUUCACUGCUCUAUUUGAUGGGUGCUCAAAAUCUAUCUAUGGGAAAGAGGAUGGUCUCCGCAGAGCCAAAAAACUUAUCCACACUUUAAAAGCGAAGAACAUAACUCCAAACCAGACAACAUUCAAUGCCAUGAUUAAAGCCUUUGGAAUGCUGGGAGAGACAGAGAUAGCUCUACAUUUGGCUGAUCAGAACCUUAGGCUUUAUCCCCCUGAUGAUAAAACAUUUGCCAACAUUCUGAUGGCUGCAGCUGGAGAGGAGGACAAUGGAUUUGCUCUGGCAGUUGGGGUAUGGAGAAUAGCACGAUUACGCAAGAUAGAACCAACAAUAUUUCAUUACCAACUUCUGCUUAGAGCCCUUCGUUGCUGUGGAGUAGGAGACACAGAUGCAUUCUACCAACUGUUGCUUCAGACAUCACCUUUUGCAAUGCAGGAAAAUUUACAGAAAAUAUUAACUGAAUUUCAGAACAAGACGAAAGAGUUGACCUCAGACUUUAAUGAUUCACAGUUAAAUCGCCUUUUGGAGGGAACAUCCAGUGAUGAUGUCAUCACUGAAGUUGACACUUGCUGGGAUGUUGAUCCGGAUUCAACCACCACAGCUGGAACAUUAGAAAUACUGAAUUCAAAGUCAGAAUCAAGUUUAUCUUCAGUUUACUCACCCUCAGCCAGUGUAGCAGACAAUGAAAACGGAAAUUUUCCAGAUGUGUUAAAGCCUGGAGAAAUUUUAUUAGGGGUUUUGAACAUGCAUAGAAUUACAAAUAAAUAUGACAGACUGCAAUUGCUUGGAGGAGUUAGGGGGUUUCUUACUCGCAUGGAGAGGGAUGGAAUUACGCCUACCCUGGCUGUGUUUGGACAGUUAUUUCAUAUUAUCGAUACGUUUGAUGAGGAGGAAUACUUAUUUUCUGUGAUGGACAAACUUCACAUAUCUCCAGAUAUAGACAUAAUAUCUCAUGCAAUGUUAAAGAGAUUAAGAAGACUGGAAACAGUAGAAGCUAAGAGUUUGGUGGAUUUAAUGCAAGAAAAGGGCCUUUUACCAAACAUCUUUGUUUUGAAGUACCUGGCCUACAUUGAGUGCAGAGAUGGCAACACCUUAAGAGAAUUUAUAGAAGAGUUACAGCGCAAUGAUCUUCCAUUGGACGUGUACAUGUUGAAUGGUUUGAUGAAGGCGAGUCAGCUGUCUCUGGGAGACAAGAAAUUUCUCCUGCAGCUGAUGGACGAUCAGGACAUCCACCCAACCCAGUAUUUCCUGAAGACAAUGCAUGGUAUUAUUAGCCACGCCAGAGAGAGGAUAAGACGAGUGGAGAUGGUGAAAGGGAACUGUACUGAGGCAGUGAAGGAAUUCAAUGACUUCAAAACUUACUUUGAGCAAUGGCUGAUGAGAGUACCAAUGCAGAAAUAGUAAAAUGAUGAACAUUUCCACCAAUGUACAUUGUUUGGAGCAAUGUUUUUUCAAUAAUGUCAAAAUAAAAUAUAUUAAUCAGU